AUGCCUAUGGAGAAACCAGAAUGGAAGGAGGUCGGUGGGCCGGACAGUUGGAAUAUACCCCCAGGGGAAUUCACAGUGUUUGGAACGGUCUGGGUCUGGCCCGAGCACGCCGAACACGUCAACAUACUCUACUCCAAGAUCACUAGCGUCGCCCUAGCAGAUCCGGGGACAGUCUACUACUGCAUUUCGAGGGAUCAAGAUGAUCCUGCCGUCUUUCACUUUUUCGAACGAUACCAGGACAGGGCGUCCUUCGAUGCACAUAAUGAACAUCCUUUGGUCAAGGAAUUGCUCGCGAGCGGUUGGACCAAAGACAUCAAGGCGGUGUUCGCGAAGGCAGUAGAGGGACAAUGA